AUGGAAAAUGUUGUUACCCAAGAGAAAAUUGAAGAAAAAAAAAGAAUUAAUUCUGUUAAAUAUAAAAAUUUAAAUAAUUAUGAAAAUAUAAAUUGUCCCAUGGAAAAAAUUAAUGAAAAAAUGUCUUCUAACAUUGAACAGUGUCCAGAAACAAAGCCAAAUGUCUUGUGUAAUGAAUUAUCAAAGAAUACCAUUUCAUCAAAGAUAAAUCCUAACGUUACAUUUGAUGAAAAAGCUGUAUGUGAAUCAAAUAUUACCAAUGACACAUGGACACCAUUGGCUCGACUGACGGGAACCAGACCAACAGUUGAUAAAUUAACUGUAUCACGUUACAGUCCUGGUGAAUGGAAGCUACACAAUAAAGAAAUAUUAAAUAAUUCAAAUAUAUUUAAUGCGUUUGCAACAAAUAGUAUUGAAAAAAAAAUAUGUAGUCAAGUUGAUCGUGAUCAACAAGAUACAUACAAUGAUUUGAGAAAACGUGCUAGUACUAUUUUUUGUUGGAAAAUUGAACUUGAAAAAAAUAAUAAUAAUAUAACCAUGGAAAUUGAUGAAAUGAAAGAUGAAACAAAAAGAUUAUUACGAUCUAAUCAAGCUAUUAAAAAUAUCAUAAAUAUUAAUAAAAAUAUGCAAAAAACACGAAAUUUGCGAAUGAAACCAGACCUCGUAACUGACUCAUUAACUGAAGAAUUAAUAAAGGAGGAAUUUUUAUGUGAUGAAGUGAUGAAUUUAUAUACAAGAUGUAUUGAUGAAAUAAAAAUGCAAAUGACAGAAUUGAAAGAUGCUAAACAACGACUUGAACAUGAUUGGUCUGAUAAAACAACAGCUCAUGAAAUUGAUAGUUCAUGUAUUGGUCUAAGAAGUGAGACAAUAACUAAUCAAUGGAAUUUAGGAUGUGUUAAAUUUCCUCAAAAUCAAUCAAGUACUAAUGAUUAUGAAAAAUUUAUCAAAGAAACAUUAGCUUUUUGUCAAAUAGCUGUAGGACGUUCACGAGUUCUUCGUGCAAAUUUAAAAGAAAUUGUUGAUAGAUCAGUUAAAGAUCUUCGAAAUCAGGCUGAUAAAGUUGAACGUGCACAAGCUAAAAUAAUUCAUGAAGAAAUUUUAGCUUGUAGAAAACUUGAUACAAUGUUAAUUGAGUGUUUAAAAAAAUUAUCUGAUAAUGAAAAAAUGAUUAAACAAGUAAGUUCAACAGUACAACGAUUAGAUGCACCAAUGAAAUGUGCCCAAAGUCGUUUAUCAAUGAGAUUAACACGUGAAAAUGUUGAAAAUUGUCGAGAUGAGCCUCAUUAUGGACUCAUUGAUGAAGUUAAAGGUAUUUCUGAAGGCACAACAAUUUUAUCAGGACAUAUUAAUAGUUUAAAUGAAUCACUUGAUUAUUUAACAACAUGUCGACAAAAAAUUGAAAAUGAAAUUAUGAUAAAACGUAAAAGUUUAUGGAUAGAUAGUGAUCGUUGUCAGUAUAUAAGAUCAUCUUAUCCUUCUUGGAAAAUUCUGUCUGGUUACGAGUGAAUAUGUAUUUGUUUAUUUAAUUAACAUA